CAACCGGAGACGAUCAGUGACGCUCAUGUCGAGAUCGCCGCUGACCUGAGACCUAAAGCUGAGCGAUACGGGCAGGGCGGCCAGUCGUUGAGCAUCCAGCCAGCUCCAACUUACACGGCAGAUGGGGCCUCCGACUUCUAUUGGGCUCGGUGCAUUCGGGACCUAUUUUCUCCCACAACGUUGCACCCAAUGUGCACUGCUAAUGCAGGGGUCCAAAGUCCCGACGCUGACGAGAAUGCAUCCCUACCACCCCGGCCAAUCGUUCACCCGCAACUUCGGGGCUGAGGUUGCACGGAGGGCGACUUCGUGAGUGUAAUUGGGCCGCAGAGAGGCCAUUCAGUCGCGCAGCCCUAUUUCGGGGCGACGCCUGGGUUGUGAGCGGUGCGUGAUGCGUCUCGGGAGGAUCACUUGUGCAUUGUCUCACGGGACACGGCUGGAGACGUUACAGUCACACGCAAUUUUAGAGAACGGGAGUUUUGGAUUACGGAUCAGGGGUCCAGGACAUAAUGCGUGCGUUGUCUUCCAUUCCAAUCUUCACUGUUUGGCAGUUGUGGUGGGAGAGCUACCCUAC